GAGAUGCAUCUUCCUCCUCCUCUGCUCUGUGGUACUUCCUCUCUGGCUGAUUUAACUGGCAGAUUUAGAAGCAGGACCAAGACCUAGCACUAGGACAGAGUCAGGAAUUCUCUGUCCGACCACUUUCCCUGACCCUAGAAGUGGCAUUGACUUCUGAUCAGCAUCUGGAAAACCUUGUCCUUUUGAUGGCUCCAAACACUACAACUCCUGCGGCAUCUUCCUCUCCCGGUGGCAUGUCUCUGUCUCUGCCUAUUGCCCUGCUGUCUGUGGCCCUGGCUGUGGGGCUUCCUGGCAAUGGCUUUGUGGUGUGGAGCAUCCUGAAGAGGAUGCAGAAACGCUCUGUCACCGCCCUGCUGGUGCUGAACUUAGCUCUGGCCGACUUGGCUGUGUUGCUCACUGCUCCCUUUUUUCUACAUUUCCUGGCUCGACGCACGUGGAAUUUUGGAGUGACCGGUUGCCGCCUGUGCCACUAUGUUUGUGGAGUAAGCAUGUAUGCCAGCGUCCUGCUUAUCACCAUCAUGAGUCUGGACCGCUCAUUGGCAGUGGCCAAGCCCUUUGUGUCCCAGAAGGUGCGCACUAAGGCGAUUGCCAGAUGGGUGCUGGCAAGCAUCUGGGUGGUGUCUUUUCUGCUGGCUACACCGGUCAUUGUGUACCGUUCCGUAGAAGAACGGCUCAACAGGACUCUGAUCUGCCGGCCGUAUUAUCCCAGCGAUGGGCAUAUGGCCUUCCAUCUGCUUUUUGAAACCAUCACUGGCUUCCUGCUGCCCUUUCUGGUGGUGGUGGCCAGCUACUCUGACAUCGGACGGAGGCUGCAGGCUCGGCGCUUCCGUCGCAGUCGCCGCACCGGCCGCCUGGUGGUCCUUAUCAUCCUGGCCUUUGCCGCCUUCUGGCUGCCUUACCACCUGGUGAACCUGGUGGAAGCCGGCCGCGUGCUGGCGGGCUGGGACAAGGCCGACUCUGUGGGGAGGCAUUUGAAGAUGGCCCGCAACGUCCUCAUCGCGCUGGCCUUCCUGAGCAGCAGCGUGAACCCGGUGCUGUAUGCGUGCGCGGGCGGCGGCUUGCUUCGUUCAGCGGGCGUGGGCUUCGUAGUCAAGCUGCUGGAGGCCACUGGCUCCGAGGUGUACAGUACCCGCCGCGGGGGCACCCUGUGCCAGUCCCAGAAGGCCACACCCGCCUGUCCUGAGCAAGGUCCCACCGAAGCCUCCAUGACCUCCUCCACCCCCUCCUGAGUGAGGUGAACUGUAUUAGGUUGGUCUGACCCACUUUUGUAUCUGGAGAACAGGUUGGGGACUGGACGCAAGAGGAAAAGAGGAAAGGGUGGGGCGAGUCAGGGCAAAGAGACUGUAUGCUUUGGCCUGGCUUCUGCAG